AUGUCUUUCGACAGGCUAGACUCGCUGGAGGCCCAGCCUACCACCAUGCGCAGGGACGAAGACCCGCAGUAUCGCGACGAUCCGGACUUCGAUCAUCUCGCCGAGCAGCUCUCGGAUCAGUUGUUUACAUUGACUUCAAACAUUUCUCGCCUCUCCAACCAGAUUGCUCUUCUCGGCACAAAGCGAGAUACAGAGCGCGUUCGCGAACGAGUGCAUAAUCUCCUCGAGGAAACCCGUACGGGGUUUAGGGACGUCGGAGAAGGUAUCAAGCAGAUCCAGACAUGGGAGGAUGUGAAUCCCUCCCAGAAAUGGACACAGCAAAAGCUAUCAUCCGAAUUCAAGGCCACCUUGGAUGAGUUCCAAACUAUCCAGCGUCGCGCUCUUGAGAAACAGCGCGCUUCUGCAGUUGCUGCGCGUACAGCCUUUGAAGAAUCCGAGCAACCUACCACCGAUAACGAUGUCUUGUUGCAAGACCAGCAGUUGGAAGAGCAGCAUCGUAUGGCCAACCAGAGCGAAGUGGAUUUCCAAGAGUCCUUAAUCAUCGAGCGCGAGAACGAGAUUCGCAAUAUUGAACAGAGCGUGGGAGAGCUGAACGAGCUUUUCCGGGAUGUUGCGCACAUCGUCACUGAGCAAGGAGGACAGCUGGAUAUCAUCAGCGAGAAUGUCCAGAACGUCACCCAGGACACCCGCGGCGCCAACGUGGAGUUGCGCAGUGCCAGCAGAUAUCAGAAGAAUGCGCGCAACAGGGCUUGCUGUCUCUUCGUAAUUCUGGCUGUUAUUCUUGCUAUCAUUGUGCUCGCAAUUGUCCUCGGAUAG